AUUGCGAUAUAGCAAAGCGCGUGGUGGAUAUGACCUCUGUUCGUUGUUUUGGAGAACCUUAUAAGGAAUGGUUUUUCUGGUUCGACCACUACGCUGUGAUGGAUGAAGAAAGCCUUCUUGAAUAUCUCUCAAGAGAACUCACAAGAAUAGAAGAAGAAGCACCAAAAAAUAUCACAAACGACGCUGUGUUGUACAAUGACACUGAUCCCGUUUAUGGAUCUUACGGUUCAGAAUAUAAUUUGUUUGUUUACUUGAAUUUAAUGAAUGCUAACGCACGAAAGUUUGCAUGCAUCUUAGUAGAUGAAACGUGUCCAAACUUGGCUGGUGAGGAAAUCUAUAUUUGUGCUACAGAGCAGGCAGCGCUUGAAAAUGGUGACAUAGUGUACGAGAUAGCAGGGGCUACGACUAAGGUCGCAACGACAACAAAGGCGGCUACGACUAGCGUCACCACGACAGCAAAGGCUACGACUAGCGCCGCAACAACAGCAAAAGCUACGACUAACGUCACGACAACUGUUACUUCCCUGAAGUCGGUCGCUACAUCAUCAACCCCUACAUUACCGAAGCACAUAACAGAGUGCGCAUCGGCACCAACUACACCAUCAUGUAUAACACAGUCGCCAAAGAGAGUCAGAAGAGAGGCAAAAGCUUCGCCUUUUGAGGAUUUUCUUAUGAAAAAACCAGCUCCAGCAAAAGGAGGAGGAAAAUCCCAUCGUAAGAAGACACUAACCGCUCACCGCACUCAUGCAGCCAAGACAGCAACUGGAGAAAACUGAACGCCGCUUGCUUUGGUACGGGACAUCCAGCGAUGUUUCCUUGUGUUUUUCUUUCUGCUGAUGACUUCGUAAUUUUCCUUUUUUGCCAAAAAUGACAUCGCUAAUUUUUGAAAAGAAAUUGUUUCAA